CUGCCGUGUAGUAAGUUGGCUCUGACGUGGGAGCCAUUGUUAAAAGCCCAGGGGCCCAUUGUGCAGAGAGGAACAGCAGCACAAACAAAAUCCCCUCUGGUGGAACCAGGAGGAGGAGCCGAGCGGGGGACCCCAAGCAUUCUCAACAAGGACCCCACAGACAAAAAGCCAAAGACGGAAAAAGGCUCCGUCUCCCUCAAACAUGAGUUUGACCCCACAGCGGGGUCCUAUGUCGCCCUGACGGUUCUGGGAAGGCCUCCAGGGCUUACUCAGAGCUCCCUGGACGAGGAGAAGGAAGGGGAAAAGGAAGGGGAAGAUGCUGGCUCGCCCUGCUCUCUCUCAGCACCAAACUCCCCCACCCUGUCUGCCGGGGGGCAGGACAGCUCCCCGGGCAGCCCCCAGCUCCACGGAGUAAGACCAGACUCCAGUGCCCAGGCCCUGGUGGGUGGUCCUCCUUACCUUCUGAACCCCCUGAUUAUUGGAGCAGAGGACGACUACUUCGAUUGCCAGCAGGAGCAGAUUAACGGACAGUGCAGCUGUUUUGAAAGCAUUGACCUGCUGAAGUCUCGACCAGCUCACCUAGCAGUCUUCCUCCAUCACGUGGUGUCCCAGUUUGACCCCGUUCCUCUGCUGUGCUAUCUCUAUGCCGACAUGCAUAAGCAAGCCAACUCCAAAGAAAGUCGGCGCAUCUUUAUGGAACUCCACUCCCUCUUCUUAGAGCGAACAGCAAAUCUCAAAGUGGCGGUUCCUGAGACAGUGGCAGCUGAACUGGAGAAGCGGAAGCCGGAGUUGAUCCCAGAAGAUUUAUGUAAGCAGCACUCACAGGUGCUACAAGACUCACUUCUAGCAGACCUGCACAGAAACCUGGAAGACUUUAGACAGAAGCGCAGCAUGGGUCUCACGCUGGCUGAGGAUGAGCUGUCCAAGCUGGACUUGGAUGAGGGCAGAGACCAGCAGGCGUUGGAGAAGGAAUGCUCCUGUGCCGAGCACAUCCUCUCUAAGAUUGAAGAUAUCCUGUUGACCUCUCAGCCAUCAGAAGAGGAGAAGUGCCAAACUAUGCAGUAUGUGAUUCUCUCCUAUAUGAAGCACCUGGGGGUGAAAGUGAAGGAACAUCGUGGGCUUGAGCACAAACGUGCACGUAUGAAUUUCCUACCCAAGAUUAAGGUGAAAAGAGAAAAUCUGUUUUCCAACAUCCUUGGCCCCCCCCGGCGUCUGAGCAGAGUGGAGUCCACGUCAGUGGGGAAAGCCGUGGAGCUCAACAAGCAGAGGUCCCCAAAGCUCAGUCAGCAGGGCCCCGGGAUUCCAGACCCGCCCGACCCCUCUGCAGCAGGUCCCGGGAGGAGCCGGGCCAACCAGCUGAGUGAGGGGUCCGACACCAGCUCUCAGUCAGGGACCUCCACCCCCUCACUGCCUCACAGCCCCCCCGCCGCCCAGGCCCCCGAUAGUAGUGGACCAGAGGCAGACCCCAAUGUCUCUCCGUUGUGCGUGCAGCCCAGGCUGAGUGAUGGCGUGCAGUCUGGAGACAGCCACGACAGCCUCCCCAGUCCAGGCAGCCCCCAGUUCGACUUCAGCCCCUCCAGCCUGGAGCAGCAGGAGGAGGAUCAGGAGGCCAUCGGGUAUUUAGGUCGGAUGGAGGUUCACUGUGUGGGGAAUUCAGCCGACAUCCAGAGUGAGGAUGACCAGGCAGCUGAGUGGGAGAAGCUGUUCUACACUGAGCGUGCUCAUCUGCGCAUGCUGAGGGUGAUGGACUCGGUUUUUUGCCAGAGGCUGAACAGAGAUGGCAUCAUUCCACCAGAGGAGAUCAAACACAUCUUCAGUAAUCUGGAGGAAAUCAUUCAGCUGCACGUUUCUGUAACGGAGCAAAUGACGGCCAUCCGGAAGAGGAGCGAGACGUCAGUAAUUGGUCAGAUCGGAGAGGAUCUCUUGGUUUGGUUCAGUGAAGAAGAGGAGGAGAAGAUCAAAAGAGCAGUUGGCACCUUUUGCAGCAACCAGCCAUCUGCCCUGGAGCUCAUCAAGACCAGGAAGAGGAAAGACCAGAGGUUCAGCCUGUUCAUGCAGGAAGCGGAGAGCAACCGCCUGUGUCGCAGGCUGCAGCUGAAGGACAUCAUCCCUGUGGAAAUGCAGAGGGUCACCAAGUACCCUCUGCUACUGGACAACAUAGCUAAAUACACAGAGGAUGGCGAGGAAAGAGAAAAAGUGAGGAAAGCUGGCGAGUGUUGUAAAAAGAUCCUGAACCACGUCAACCAGGCAGUGAAGGAGGCUGAAAACAAACAGAGGCUGGAGGAGUAUCAGCGGAGGUUGGACUUGUCAUCUCUCAAACCCAGUGAGAACCCUGUGAUCCUGGAGCUGAGGAAUCUGGACAUGACCAAGAGGAAGAUGGUGCAUGAGGGACCUCUCUCUUGGAAAGUCAAUAAAGACAAAACAAUCGAACUCUACACAAUCCUCCUGGAGGACAUCAUAGUUCUACUGCAGAAACAGGACGAGCGUCUGGUGCUCAAGUUUCAUGGCAAGAACGUGGCCAGUGUGGCCGACACCAAGCACAUCUUCAGCCCCAUCAUCAAGCUCAGCACCGUGCUGGUGCGGCCUGUGGCCACCGACAACAAGUCUUUCUUUGUGCUGUCCAUGUCGGAGAAUGGGGCUCAGAUCUACGAGCUGAUGGCUCAGACGGUUUCUGACCAAAGAACGUGGCAAUGCCUGAUCACACAGUGUGCUGACACCAUGAAGGCCAAAGCUCACAACAGGAACAUCCCCCCAGCUCAGGCCAGAGCGGAAAGGGAUGCUAUUGAGAUUAUGGACCAGGAGAUUCCCAAACAGAGCAUGGAGCCCACCAGGACCCCCAGUGAGAGUAUCCCGUAUUCUGCAGAGAAAGACGCCCAUUCCGCUGAUGUACAGGUUCCUGUCAACCCCUUUGAUGACCUGAAAUCAGAAGACGAGGAGGAGGACCAGCCCGUUUUGAGGAGUCCAGGGAAAGAGGGAGAAGUAGAGGGAGAAGUAGAGGUUGAUGAGGCGGAGCUGGAGGCCUUCCUGGACGGGCAGCUGGCCGACAGACUUCUGCAGGAGGGCUCUCGUCAGGGCAUUGCCCUGGAAAACGAUGUGCACUCUGUGUUUGCCCCCCCCUCCUCCAAAGCUGAGGAGGCUCUGCGGACGUUGGCAGCGCUGAAACAGGCGCUCUUCAGCCAGCUGCUGAGCAGAGAAGCCCAGGAGGAUGCUGGGAGCCAGCAGAGUGAGUGUGUGGCUGUGAGCCCUGGGGGGCCCUGUGCUGCUGCUGCUGCCUGUGAGGAGGGCAGCGCCCCCGAAGCUCCAGGGAAGGACCCCCCCCAGGUGGCGCCGGCCCUCACGGGGCCGUGCGAGGAGGCGGAGCAUAACAGUAAGGCAGUGCCCAGUGAGGACCUGACCCCUGGUCCAGAGCGCUGGACCUCACAGGCGUUUUUUCUCCACCCAGAUGGCUUUGUGGUUGUGGAUUUUGGAGGGCCCCCCCGGGAGCCCAGCGCUGAUGAGCUGGCCGCUGAUAUCGGCAUUGACAUGAGGAAGCUGCUGUCCUCAUCCUCGCUAACGGGAAGUGGUGGCCCCAACCUCAGCCGGCAGCUCAUGACCCACCUGCGCCUCCUGCAGGCCGACCUGCAGUAUCUGAAGGAGGUGGAGAUGAAAUACAGCCAGCUGCGACAGAUGCACAGCGACUCAGACCACAACACCGGUGCGGGGGGGCGUCUCUGGCACAUAGGAGUGGAGGGGUUAUCGUAA